AUGCGCUCCUUUCUGCGGUUGCUCUCAGCUGCGGCCAGGCCCGUGCUCCAGGACGUGGUCAUCGUAGGCGGCGGCCCGGCAGGCCUUUCUCUCAUGGCGGCAUUGAAAAACAGCCCCAAAACACAGCACCUUCUGUGCACGUUGGUGGAGGGCCUGGACUUGCUGGCGGCACGUGACUUCGUGGCGCUGCCGCCCGAGGCCUUCAGCAACCGGAUCGUGUCGCUCACGCCCAAAUCCGUCCAGUUCAUGAAGGAAAAGUCCGGCAGCUGGCCCUUUUUGCAGGAGGCCCGCGUGCAGUUUUACGACAACAUGAUCGCGUACGACUCGCAGGACGCGGCCGCCCGGAUCCACUUUGAUUCCAGCACGUUGCGCGGCGCCGGAGACGCGGACGGCGGCGAUUUGGACAUGUCCUCGGCAAUCGCCGCCAUGUGCGAGGUGGUGCACAUCCAGGGCUCGCUCCUCGGCAAGCUUGACGAGCUCAAGGAGGAGUUUGGCGACGAGGACGACGGCUUGCGCAUAGUGGACCGGGCCAAGGUCGUGGACAUCACGCAGAGCGCCGAAAACGCCGGCUUGGACUGGCCCGUCGUCACGCUCGACUCGGGCGAGCAGCUCCAGGCCCGGCUCCUUGUCGGCGCCGACGGGCAGAACUCGCCCGUGCGCAAGUACGCGGACAUCGCGUCGCGUGGCUGGAGCUACGAGCGCUUCGGCGUGGUGGGCACCGUGAAGCUCCAGUUCGAAGACUACCGCGCGGUGGCCUGGCAGCGGUUCUUGACCACGGGCCCGUUGGCCAUCUUGCCCUUGCCCGGGGACAACGCCACGUUCGUGUGGUCGACCACCCCGGAGCUCGCCGCCAUCUUGCAGCAGACGGACCCGGAGAUCUUCCCCCACUUGCUCAACGCGGCCAUGACCUUGGACGAGGUCGACUUGAACUACCUCUACGGCGUGUUAAAGGCGGACCCGGCCGACACGCGCGUCAUCCAGGACAUUGCGUGGCGCACCCUGAAGAUGCUGGAGGCAGACUUGGACGAGAACUUCCCGGUGCCCAUCCGUGCGCUUGUGCCGGGCAGCAGGGCCAGGUUCCCGUUGAAAAUGCUCCAGGCAGACGCGUACAUGGCGCCGCGCGUGGCCUUGGUGGGCGACGCCGCACACACCGUGCACCCGUUGGCCGGCCAGGGCCUCAACAUGGGCCAGCUGGACGUGGCGGCGCUUGUGCAGGCGUUGGAGACGGGCGUCGACCGCGGGCUUGACAUCGGGUCCACGCUCGUGCUCGAGAAGUACAAUGCGGACGCGUGGCCCGCCAACCACAUGCUCAUGGGCGUGUGCGACAAGUUGCACAAGGUGUUCUCCACGGACUUCGGGCCCUUGGUGUUUUUGCGUGGCACGGGCUUGAAGACGCUCAAUGCGUUUGACUCCGUCAAGCAGUUGAUGAUCAAGAGUAUCAGCGGACGCUGA